GCGCAGGCCAUCGAGGACUUUGCGCGCGAAGACCUGCCGCUCUUCAUAUUCGCGAAUUGGAGAGGAUUUUCGGGCGGAAUGAAAGACAUGUACGACCAGGUCGUCAAAUUCGGCGCUUAUAUUGUAGACGCUCUGCACGAAUACAAACAGCCGAUUGUCGUCUAUAUCCCGCCCUUCGCCGAACUCAGAGGCGGCGCGUGGGCUGUGCUCGACGCGACCAUUAAUCCGCGCCACAUGAAGAUGUUCGCCGACCCGGACGGCAGGGGCGGCGUUCUGGAGCCCGAGGGAACCGUUGAGAUCCGUUUCCGCGCCAAGGAUUUGGUCAAAACGAUGCAUCGCUGCGACAACGGCUGCAAAGACCUGUUGAAGCAAAUCAAUGAAACGAAUUCCGCGGACGAGAAGAAGCGUUUGGAGCGCGAGUUGGCGGACAGGGAGGCGUCGCUGAUGGGAAUGUACCAUCAGGUGGCGCUCUCGUUCGCCGACCUCCACGACACGCCGCAGCGUAUGUACGAAAAGGGAUGCAUUUGUGACGUGGUUUUGUGGCACAAGUCCCGCCUCUACUUCUACUGGCAUUUGCGUCGCGCGCUCUCCGAGAACCGCGUCGUCGACGAGAUUCAGGCCAUCGUUCAGAAUAAGAACGAAUUGGAGGCCAAGUCUAUGAUUCGGCGCUGGUUUACAGAGCACUGCGGACAACACAACCAACACUUGUGGGACGACAACCGCGCGGUCGCCGAAUGGCUGUCCACUCAACUCGAGACCACGUCGUCGACAGUCAUUGAGAACAUUCGGUGCAUUCAAAGGGAUGCGCUCUCGCGGCAAAUCCAGGGAUUCUACAAUGACUUCCCUUCGGCAACAUUCGACUCUUUGGUGCAAUUGAUUCACUCGGGAAUGACUGGGCAGCAGAGGACAGACCUGUUGGCCGCUUUGGUAGCUCUCGAGGCACAGACUCCCAAAUCGCCGCAAUUGACCUCUUCUUCGGCCGACAGCAACGAAAGCGUCGACAAUAAGAGCGAAGAAGUGGUCGUAAAAGAGGACGAAAUCUAAGUUUUUAUACGAUUAGCGAAAAAUCUAUUCAUUAUUUUAUGCAAUAAUUGUUGAAUUUUGUAAUUUUAAGACACAUUCCAAACCAUUAAUAAAAAAUACUUAAAAAGUGUUUAAAUAA